AUGUGCAUCCGGCCAGACCGGGUGGACCAGCCACCGGGGGACGAUACGAUUUUCCCGCGAAAGCAAGUCUUUCUUAACAGCAACAAUAAAGAUGAAAUAAGAAUGCUGAAUUGCGCUUUAAGACGGAACAUCGCUGGGGAGACCACAAGCGACAGCAUGUGGAUGUUAAGGGCAGUCAAGUUCCUGCUUCUGGCAGUGGCAACAGCACUGGUGGUCCUUUCCAUAAACGGCAGGGCUGUACAAAGCACGUCGCAAACCUGGUUUCGGCAAAAGCUACUUCGGGUAAGCUGGAGCGGCUUGGAUGCUUUCCCGAAGUUGAGUUUUAACUCAGCCAAUACAUGCCUUAAACUAAUUGAGUCAACUCCUCUGACCGAUAUUCCUAAGGUGAGCAGCCUUUCGGACCUCAUUACCCGUCUGGACGUAGCAGGCUUCAAGGGUCGCCGGACAGAAGCGGACUUGUUACACGUUUUUCAAAGCGUGAUGAAGUGCUUCAGAAGCUUUUCGCCACCGCCGGGCCUUGUACUUGACUUCGCGCCGAAUGUAACCAAUCCCGAUGAUCUGAUUAGAGGCUUUUUCAUUUUUGUCCCACCAGGGCAGUUGAUCCAUGGCCCCGUUGUGGAUCGAGCCUCCCAAACCAGCUUUGCUGAAAUGACUGCUGAUGAAGAUGCACAGCCAAAUACUGAGCAUGUGCCGCCAGCGGGAGACGAGACAGAAGAUUCAAGACCCCUUAGGACAGUGCAGUUCGCUAGUAGUCCAAGACAUAUUCUUGCACGUAUCGUAGUGGAAGUCCUUUCACACUUGAGGGGCCCAACAUGCCUGCAAGCAGCAAAACGGCUGGAUGGAGUCUCUCGCUUUCUUUUGCGUAACAACUCCAAAGCUGCUUUGAUGGAGCCACUCCUGGUCUUUUCCCUCAUUCAGGGAAAUGCCGCAUCUGCUGCCAAAUUCUACGAUUUCCAGAGCUCACCUGAGGUUGCUGGUGCAGAUCAGCUACAGCUUCGGGAGACGCCCCAAACUGCUGCAAGCAGUUCACUAGAGGCUGGCGUAUACGACCCUAUCCAGGUGGUCACUUUCUUUGACGUUGCGAAAUCCGGCUAUACAAAUGCAGUUAAGAGGUUCGAAAGGUAUCUAAGCAAACCCGCUGACGAAAGGGUUGUAGGCGCAAUGCUCUUCGGCAACUCUCUUGCAAACCCCAGCACGCAUAAGAAAAUUACGGACACCGGCAGAGCUGUUGGCUUUAGCGAGGAAACUUUGCAAAGCAUGGUCACCUACAUCGGCCACCAGGCCAUUGAUAUAGGAGACGCAGCUUCGAUCCUCUUGCCGAAUGCACCUAGAGUUUCUGCCUUCCUUCGCGGCGUUAGCUUCUACGCAUUUGAGAGUGUCUUCAAGCAGAAUGGGGAAUACGUCAUGCCGGGACUGCCGUGUGGUGGUAACCUAACUGGCAGGAUGGUGGAGACUUUGACAGGGAAGAGCCUUGGCAAAAAAUACUUUGUGUACAAAUAUACACAGCCGCUCCAGGGCAGUUCAGUUCUUCCGGACGGAGUGUGGAUGCCAGACUCAGAAUCUCAAGUGGCGCGGUAUCUAACAGAGAACCAGCAGCUGCAGGGGGAUUACUUGCUCCAAUACCUGCCACGCGUCUGCGUACGCGAUUCUCUGUUCCGAAGAUGCUCGAAGAAGCCUCCCUCAAAUACAAAGACUAACGAACAGUUGUUAUGCCUCUUCAUCAGUACCCAUCAGGGCUUCUUCUUCGAAGUCGACGGUGGGGCUCAGCCAUUGCUGUUUUGCGAAUAG